CUGUUGAGUCUGUCACACGUGCUGGGCGCUAGGGGGCACCUUACAUUUUGACAACGAAGUGUGUCCGAACCUUCAAGUUAAAACCGUGACAAAAUUAAAUACCUCCAUCUUCAAAAUGGCCACGGUGCAAAAGAAUGUGUCUUUGGUGGGUCUCAUUUUGAGAAGAAGCUGGCUCCAAAAGAGAUAUAGGUCUGACAAAGUCAAGGGUCAUGUCGUAGGCAUUGACCUUGGGACCACCAAUUCUUGUGUAGCAGUCAUGGAGGGCAAACAGCCAAAAGUCCUCGAGAAUGCUGAAGGCUCUCGCACUACUCCAUCAGUAGUUGCUUUCACAAAAGAUGGAGAACGCUUGGUUGGUAUGCCAGCUAAAAGACAGGCUGUCACAAAUGCCCAGAACACACUUUCAGCAACAAAGCGAUUGAUUGGACGGCGGUUUGAUGAUCCAGAGGUGCAGAAAGACAUGAAAAAUGUGUCCUACAAAAUUGUCCGGGCAUCUAAUGGGGAUGCUUGGGUAGAGGCGCAAGGCAAAGUUUAUUCACCCAGCCAAGUAGGAGCCUUUGUUCUCAUGAAGAUGAAAGAAACUGCAGAGAACUAUUUGGGCACCAAAGUUAAAAAUGCUGUGAUCACAGUCCCAGCUUACUUUAAUGACUCACAGAGACAGGCCACAAAGGAUGCUGGUCAGAUUGCUGGUUUGAAUGUGCUACGAGUUAUCAAUGAACCAACAGCCGCAGCCCUUGCUUAUGGCAUGGAUAAAUCUGAUGACAAAGUUAUUGCAGUAUUUGAUCUCGGAGGUGGAACAUUUGAUAUUUCCAUUCUGGAGAUUCAGAAAGGUGUUUUUGAAGUGAAGUCUACAAAUGGAGACACAUUCCUUGGUGGAGAAGAUUUUGAUAAUGCUCUAGUUAAUUUCCUUGCUGCAGAGUUCAAGAAAGAGCAAGGUCUUGACAUUACAAAAGACCCCAUGGCAAUGCAGAGACUACGUGAAGCCGCUGAAAAAGCAAAAUGUGAACUUUCCUCAUCUCUUCAGACUGACAUAAAUUUGCCGUAUCUCACAAUGGAUGCCAGUGGGCCCAAACACAUGAACCUGAAACUUACACGAGCAAAGUUUGAAUCCAUAGUUGAUUCAUUAGUGAAACGAACAGUUGGACCUUGCCAGAAAGCCUUACAAGAUGCAGAAAUUAAAAAGUCAGAUAUUGGAGAAGUCAUUCUGGUUGGUGGCAUGACUCGAAUGCCAAAGGUGCAAACCACAGUGCAGGAUUUGUUUGGCCGACAACCAAGUAAAGCUGUUAACCCAGACGAAGCUGUUGCUAUUGGUGCUGCCAUUCAGGGAGGUGUGUUAGCAGGUGAUGUAACAGAUGUGCUACUUUUGGAUGUGACACCACUGUCCCUAGGAAUUGAGACGCUUGGUGGUGUUUUCACUAAACUCAUAAAUCGCAACACUACCAUCCCCACGAAAAAGUCUCAGGUCUUUUCAACUGCUGCUGAUGGACAAACUCAGGUUGAAAUUAAAGUUCACCAAGGAGAGCGAGAGAUGGCAGCUGACAACAAGUUGUUGGGACAGUUCACUCUGGUUGGAAUUCCUCCUGCUCCACGAGGUGUGCCACAGAUUGAGGUUACAUUUGACAUUGAUGCUAACGGUAUUGUCAAUGUUUCUGCUCGUGAUAAGGGAACUGGCAAAGAACAACAGAUUGUAAUCCAGUCAUCUGGUGGACUGUCGAAGGAUGAGAUUGAAAACAUGGUCAGGAAUGCUGAGAAGCAUGCUGAAGAAGACAGAAAGAAGAAGGAACUGGUGGAGGUUGUGAACCAGGCAGAUGGCAUUGUCCAUGACACAGAAAGCAAAAUGGAGGAGUUUAAAAGCCAGCUUCCACAGGAAGAGUGUGAUAAACUCCGCACAAAGAUUGCAGACGUCAAGCAGAUUUUGGCUAACAAAGACCAGGAAACCCCUGAAAAAAUCCGACAAGUUACAUCUGAACUGCAGCAAGCUUCAUUAAAGCUGUUUGAGAUGGCAUACAAAAAGAUGGCAGCUGAACGAGAGGGAGGCAGCAGCAGUAGCAGCAGCAGCGAUGCUAACCGUGAAGAAAGCUCCAAAACUGACAAAAAUUAAAAAAGUGGCACGUUUUUAUGGAUCACUAUGUGUUAGCCUGAGGAUCUGAAAGGUGUAGAAAAAUAAUUUUGUGCAAUUAUUAUAAUUGCUGUCAUUAUAGCAGAAAAUUAUAUUUGAUCAAAAUGUGAAUGCUUUUGCUUUGUCAUGCUGCAGAGUGCUAGAGAUUAUAGACUAUGUGUAUCAGUCUCCCAGUGUGCCAUGCAGGUGUGUGAUGUAAAGAAAAGUAAUGUCUUGAAUUUUAGUCAUUUAUGUUUAUCACUAGGCAAUUAUAAUCAGAACUCUAAUAGCCACUUGAAGAGCUACAAGUGAAACGAAGAGCCUGACUAGCCUUUAAAGUUAUCGAGGUAAAAGUAAACAUUUUUGUACAAGUUGACCAUUAUCGAUCGUAUAUGUAGCUAUUGUGAUUAAUGCUUUGUUGAUGAGUGAAUACAAGUUUCUUGGUUCAUCUUACUUUUUGAUGCUGUUGAAAGGCAUCGAAUGUUCAAAUUUGUUACUUAGCAUGCUGUUCAUACAAAAUGGGAGUGAAAGGGUUCUGUUAGUAGCUCAUUUCUGCAUUCAUUGUGUAGAAAUCGACACCAGCAUAUACAGUUAACGUACUUGUGAUGUCAUUCCUCGGCUCAUUAAGCGUGGACAAAGGAUGCUUGUAGAGUGAAAGGUACAUACAUCAUUAAAUGUCUAACUCUGGCA